AUGCCCUCAUCGGAGGAGGAAAGCCAGUGGCUCGUUGGCAGCGGGGGCGGCCUCGCACCCUCCGGCGGCGGCAACGUGACGAAAACGGGGGCCGGCGAGCGCGGCGCGAGCACCAUUAGGUCCGGCCUCUACACCGAGGAGAUGACGGCCCAACCGGCGAACGUCGUCGCCACCGCCGGCGUAAACUCGGCCUCGGCCGACUCCGCGGAGCACGAUCUCAUCGACUCUACCGCGGACGCGACCCUCCUCGCGCAGUUCCACGAAGACGCCAUCAAGCAGGCUGGCGUUGGUUAUUUUCAAAUAUUCGCCGCUUUCUGCACGGGUCUGAGCCUGGCAGCCGACACUGUGGAAAUUUUUGUUGUACCUUACAUACUGCCAAGUGCAGAGGUUGAGCUUUGCAUCGAGGAUAAUGAAAAGGGAUGGCUUGGAAACAUUACUCUUGUCGGCCUUGCACUGGGUGGACUAUUCUGGGGUGGUUUGGGUGACAGACUGGGAAGACGCAGAUCCCUCCUAUCAGCCAUGUCCGUGCACGCCCUGUUCAGUGGUGUCGCAACAUUCAUGCCCACUUAUGGCACUUUUAUGACAGCUAGAUUUUGUUCGGCUCUCGGGGUAGGAGGAGCUGUACCGCUGACAUUUGUGUAUCUUGCGGAAUGUUGUCCACGGUUAAGCAGAGGUCGUUGGACAGGUAUACUCGUGGCGGCGUGUGCACUCGGUGGUGUUUACGCGGCGCUCUUAGCCUGGGCGGUGGUACCCACAACAGGGGAAAUGGUCGUCCUGGAGAAUAAGGAACACUUCAGUGCUUGGCAUCGUUUCUUACUGUUAUGUUGUUUGCCGGCAUUGUGCUCCACGAUUGGUCUUAUCUUUUUACCAGAGAGUCCAAGGUAUCUUAUAGAGGCCGGUCGAGACGUGGAGGCAAUGAUGGUUUAUCAGAAGAUAUAUAAGAAAAAUAAUGCUCGGAAAGGUGCAACAGGUGCUCAAUAUCAGCUCUCUGAACUUGAACUUCCUACUAAAAGACCUCGUGGCUUGGCGCCACCAUCUCCUAGCAAUCACACUAGUGUUUUGGCAGACAUAAUAUAUUCGAUUGAAAUGUUUUGGAAUUCUUUCCUGGAAUUAUUUGCAACGCCUCAUUUACGUGUGACUUUGGUUUUGUUAAUUAUCUGGACUGCUGCUUCAUUCAGUCUUUACGGUCUUAUGGUCUGGUGUCCUGAAUAUCUGAAACUUUUGCGAGCGUUGGAAUACGAAGCUCAUACUGAACAUUAUCAGGGAGUGGAAUUUAAUAAUAAAACGUUUACUGGCUCUUGGGAAAAUCGUCAGUACAAAGAUUCUACGUUCUCAAAUUGCAGAUUUACUAAAAUGGUAUUCAGCCAUGUCGAUUUUGACAAUUGUACCUUUCAAUCGGUAGAAUUCAGUAGCAUCAAGUCUAGCAAAACCCACUUUAGAGACAGUGUUAUUGUAUAUUCAAAAUUCGUUGAUACAGACUUAUCUGCACAAGUUUUUACCAGAAGUAAACUGGAGAAUAAUACAGAGCUGAGUUUAAGCGGAUCCUGUCCGACUCUCGAUCUCGAUUAUAACAUUUAUAUCGAAGAAGCGUUGCAUGCUCACCUCGUUGCUCAAUUGGCUUUUGUGCCCGCUGCCGCGCUGGCAGGUUUGGCACUUACUGUUCUUCAGCGACCAAAAUUAAUUGGUCUCUCACUUUUUUUUUCUUCCGUUGCCGCGUUAUGUCUGAUAUUGAUUCGCCAAAACAGUUCGGCAGUUCUUGGUUUCGAAGGUGGCUUCACAGCCCUUUUCGCCGUUGGAUGGACAUCGUUGACUUUAGUGACAGUCGAGAGCUUCCCUACACACUUAAGGUGUACCGGUUUUGGGCUCAUAGCAGCAGCUAUAAGAAUAUCGGGUUUGAUAGGAACUACGACAUAUCAGACAUUAGUGGGUACGCCCUUAAUCGCGCCCGCAUUAUUGACUGCGCUAGCAUUAUUGAUCGCUAGCGUUAUAACUAUUAAAUUGCCUCACACUCAUAAUGUCUUCUUAUAAACUUUUCAUCUGUAGAAAAGAAUAUCAGCAAUGGCGUAUUUGAAACUUUAUUAUUACAUAUGAAACACAAACUUAUAUGGUACUUUGUCAUCUGACGAUUGAAUUCUCAGAAAGAGUAAUUUGGAAUGCAUCAGAGACGUGUAGAAGAUGAGGCAUGCUAUUCACUAUUCUUUAUCUUUAAGAUUUAUUCGAAAAAAAAGAUGUUCAAGACAUGUCAAUAAUUUAUCGAUCAAAAGAAGGAAAUUUUUUAGAGGAUGAGACUUUGUACAAAGUGAUAUAUUCUAAGUAAUAAUGAAGCACCGUUGUCUUUGAAGGCACUUGCAUAUUUUAAGCGCACAGAACGUUCACGGCGAUUUUAGCCAAUAUGAAAUGACUUGGACCAGGAUCGAAGUUGUAUCCUAUCACUUACUAGAGACACGUUCGACAGGAAUAAAAUUCAAAGAGAAAAGAUCUCGAGAUCAGCUGAUACAGACGUUUCCGUGCGCCAGAUAGUCACUCCAAAAUUAACAUACUCACCUUCUCCGCUAUUUUACCUUUGACGAUAUAUAAUUCGUUACGCGAAUAUAUUGAGCAAAGGAAACACACAUAUGUGUAACUAUUUUAAUAAGGCUUAUGCCAUGAAACAGUGUCAAUUUUAAUAGAGGAUGUAUAGUCAUCUGCAAUGAUAUAAUAUAUCAUAUAUAAAUAUUAUAUAUUAAGAAAUAUUAAUUAGAGAGGUGUAUCGGCAACGCAAGUUUGUGUGAUAUCUCGAUUAUUAUCCCAGAGACACAACGCUUAUAAACUUACAUAUAUAGCUGUUCUUACUUUUUGAUCUUAAAUAAUAUCACAUGAUAUGGAACUUGAAUAUAUUCCAAUAUAGUUUGCGGAAGCUACCUACUCAAUUCGCUCAAAUUUAAUUACGCAAAAAUACAUUACAUUUUGCGCGAAAAGAGAAAUAAUAACUUCACUCCAUGUGUAAAAAAAAAAACGGUAACAUUCCUAUGAAGGAAAAGUAAUCGAAUAUCGUAUGUUGAGUACUUCCGCUUUUUACCAAUUUAUUAGAAUGCGCUAAAUCGUCUCAUUAGACGCUAGAAUGCCGCCAAUUCGAUAAAUAAGAAAGAGAGAGAGAGAAAGAGAGAGACAUUAUUCAUAUAAUGUAAACGCUGCCGUUUGAAAUCUCAAUUCCUAGAUGAAGACUUUCGAUGAAAGAGAAAAAGAGAUAGAGAAAAUUAAGCUUUGUAGCGUAAAAGUCCGAAAAAUUAUCAACUUUAACAUUACUCGUCUUUAAACUUUAUGAUACGAUCAAUUACAUGUAUGUGGACAUGUGCGUCUGAUUUUCUAGUGACAUAUAUAUUAAAACGUAGAACGUUAUUUUCUACAAGAAUCAGAAUUACAUCUUGACGUAAAUACAUGUAAAAUGUAAUGUCUGUGGUAAUUUACUUGGAAAAACUUUGCUAAAGUUUUAUCAUUGCUGACAACAAACACUGGCAAGCUGGAAGGAAUGUAAAAAGAGUUCCUUGAGAAAGAGAGGCAACUUAUUUCUAGGCAAUAAGGAUGUAAAGAAGUCCGUAGAACAAGGUUUUCGUCUAGCUUACCAGAGUUCAGAAGAUAUCUUCGAAGAGUUCAUCAAAAUGGAGAGGGUAUUCGCAGAUUUAAUAGGAUAAAUGUUUACGUCCCAUCACGGUUAGUGAGUUUUUUCAUAUCAAACUGUUGACGAUCAAUAUAUAUAGAUAUAUAUAUAUAUGUACACGAAAGAUUAGUAUCCGGAUCGAGGUUUAUGAGUGUUUCAUCGAAAGAAAGUAGAAGAGACUGUUGCGAUGACCGAUACAUGAACGCCAUUACACAUUCCAGUGAUUGUCCCGCGGAUGAUUUCGUCUUCUUUCGAUGAUUCCAACGGAAAUCGUUUCUGUUGGGGAAAAUCACGACUUGUCGUGAACUUGGAGCGAGUUGUGUCGGUGUCGCAAUUGCGAUUACAUUAAUUUAUGUGACAUCAAAUUACAAAUAUUAACGUCUUGAGUGCGGAGCUCGAAUUGGAGUACAAAAUUUAUAAGCAUGCUUAAGCAAAACUCAUCAUCGGGGACCAGACGCGUUCUUGUUAUUUUUUUUUUAUAUUGGAAUUUAUAUUUUUUUAUAUUCAAGCCAAAGGGUAAUAAUCGAGGCAAUGCGCCGAUGCCGACACACAUGCAGCCCCACGUAAUUAAUUCUGCUACAACAUUCUAUCAAGUCUAUCAUUACCCGUAGAUAAUAUAUAUAUAUAUAUAUAUAUAUAUAUAAUACAUUUUACUCAACAUAUCAUAUUUAUGAGCAAGCACUUUAGAUUCGUAGGCCUUACUCGGACUAUUGACUAGAAACACACACGUAGGGAAAAUACGUAAAGACAGGGUCGUUCAAGACUCGAGUAAAGUAGACUGAUCGAGUUAGAGAAUCUGCCGAGGCACUAUUUUCCUAUCUUGGGUUUUUUGCGAAUUACGUUUAGUCGAUAUAUACAUAUGUAGUAUGCAUGUAAAUUUUUGUUUUACAAAACGAGAUUAUCAACUGAUUAAGUGAUAAAAUGGAAAUGCAAUACUCGUACAAUCUGGUCAAACGUGCAUUUUAUUAAUACUAAAUAUAACUUUAACACUCGAUGAUUUUACUAAUAUUUUAAAUAUAAUUAUUUAUUGUUAUCACACCGAGAGAUCGAAUAUUAUAUACAUCUCAUACUGUUCAGACUGGAAUGAAUUAAUGAUCAGUUGAUAAUCUGUGUCAUAGAGAGACUGCUUCUUGUUAAAAUUAAAGGGAUUUAAUUAGUUAAGGUCUUUUACAUGGUCGACGAUGACAUGAGAAAUGCUGUACAAUAUAUUAUUUUUACUUUAGAGUUUACGUUUGGUCACACAUUCGACUGAUCGCAUAGUUGCUAAUCCUUGCGCUAUACAGGAGUAGAAACGAUUUAUUUCGAGGCGAGAUUUUUACAUGAGAUUGUAGGAGAUAUAGGCUGAAUAGGUGAGAAUUAAAUGUUUUUUAAAAAGAGCUGUUAUUAACGAAAUUCUUAAAUCUAUCGAGAUUAAUUAUAAAGUUUAUAGAAUUAUUUUUGACAAAUAGGAAGUUGCACAGCAAUAUUUAUUGUACAUUAUCAGUUAUAUCAAGGAAUUAUGUCAGACAGAUGUAUAUGAAAAGACAUCUCAAUAUCGAUAUAUAAUAUUAUCAUUAUUUCAUAUAUUAAUAUUUCGCAUACGGUACAAUAGGGUAAUCAAUUUUCCGCUCUUUUCCCUCUCGAGUUUUCUCGUUUGAAGAUGCGCAGUUAAGUAUAGUUUAUUAAAAAUUCUUCACGAAAACCGUUCUGUUCAAAAGCGAUUGCUAUAUAAAUAUAUUUUUCAAAGUUUUUAAUGCGGCGUAAAACAAACUUUAUUAACAAAUAAAACUAACGUCGUAUUUUUUUUCUGACCUGCUGCAUUGUACGUUCACAGAAUACGAAUAUUGCUUUCAGCAUCGAGCUUUUGAAAAUGGUUUGAGAAGCCUUUUAUCGCAAUAAUUAAAACGUCAGAUUUAUUAGCAGCACAAAUCAUAUUAUAUUUUGGAAGGUACAGUCCAAGAGGGAGUAAUAAAUAUCAUUUUUAGGAUACGAGAAUUGCGCUUUAGCGCUCUACACACUAUGUAGAGAGGCGAUUAUAAUUUAUUUAUAUUGCUAAGGAAAAGCCCGCGUUUAAUGCGAGUCGUUCUAUUUGCGAUUAUUCAUCGGUUAACUCAUUUGUACAUAAUCCUUAUAUAUAGCGAUAAUUUUAGCAUAAUUUCAGUCGCGAUUAGUAUCUAGCCACUAGCGAAGUGGCGCUAAGUCGAAAUCGUUUAGCGCAAAUUAUCGUUCUGCUCAUCCGGAGGAACGAGCGAAAAAAAGAGAGAUUAUCGAUCGAUCCUUCAAGUAAUAAUUUCGCCAGCGACUCCAACGUUCAUAAUUUUUAUAAAUUGUAUAAAUUAUAUCAUUCUUCUGCGAGAAAGUAGACGCUCUAUGCAACGCUUCGAUAAAGAGCAAUUAUAAGCACUGUAAUGCGUGUAUAUUAUAUAUUUAAUAUUAUAUUGAUAUGUUAUAUAAAUUUAUACACAUAUGUAUAUAAUAUUAAUAUAUUAUAUGUGUUAAUAUAUAUUAUAUAUAAUAUUUAUAUAAUAUAUAUUCGUAGAAAAAGAGAGUGACGAUGCGUUUCAGUCACGAUGUACGUUCGAGCUAUACACAUUUUUAAGCUCUUAGAAUCAAGUCCAAGGAUACGUAGUAGCGAUCAUUUUGUAAAUCCUGUUAUUUCAAGACCGUUUGAUGGCGAGGUGGCGAAACGAGACCGCGGAAAGGAACGUCUUUGAGAGAUUCGGAAUUUUUGCGGAAUAUAUACUCGUGUACUUGCGGUGCAAAUUUCGAUUUUCUCGAGAUUGAAACACAGUGAUGGCGACGUUGGGGAUGGCGAAUAAUUUCUUCGGAAGUCCGUUUACACUUUGAUCUCGACGUGAUAAUUUUCGUACGAUAAAAAAUCGCAAGUUGUGUACGGUAUUUAAUAAGGUUCAGCUACAAAAUGUACGAAUGGCAUUAAUAAGAAUUUUAUUGAAUCGAAAGACGUCCCUUUUAUACUUCUCUCCACAGUGUUUCGAGUUUUUGUCCAAAAUUCCAUUACGUACCUCAUUAUAUACAACAUGCUAACAAGAAAGAAACUGUAAUUUAGAUUUUAAUUUGUACCUUAAUUCUCAAGGAGAAAUUAAAAUAAUAUUAGAAAUAUCAAA